CCUGUUGAAGAGAGAUUAGAGUUAUCUUCUAACAUCGCAAAUGAUCCAAUCUUUGCCAAGGUUGGCAAUGUACAUGUGAUAUCAAAAGCAAACAUGAAUACAUUCGGAGGUCCAAUGAUGGUUGCUAAUACUCUCCAUGCGUGCACAAUCCUACUGAAGAUGAGCAAGGAAUGGGACUGGUUCAUAAACCUCAGCGCUUCUGACUACCCACUUGUUGCUCAAGAUGGUGAGACUGUAUGUUUCUUGUUUUAAUCACUGGUGUCGGCAUUGCUGAUGAUAUUAAGCAAAGUUUCUGUUUGCAGACAUGUUGUACACUUUCUCAUCUCUGCCAAGGAAUCUGAACUUUGUGGAGCAUACACGAAAACUUGAAUGGAAAGAGUACAUUGAUCGUUUGCCUCUCCCCCUCCUUGCACUACUACUAAUUGAUGGACAUAGUAUCAGGGCCAAGAGAGGGAAGCCAAAGAACUUCUGACAGUGUUCAAACUCUUCACUGGUAUCUCAACAGCACAUUAACAUGUCCAUGCUUUGCUUUGAUUUGUGGUAAUUCAUCUUGCAUGUACAUUGUUGUUCAGGUUCUGCAUGGAUGAUUUUGCCGAGAGAAUUCAGAGUUCUGUAUAUGGGCUGGAAUGACCUCCCGAGGACUCUCCUUAUGUACUACACCAACUUUGUUUCCUCGCCGGAAGGCUACUUCCAGACAGUUAUAUGCAAUACACCUGAGUUUAUCAGCACAAUAGUGAACCAUGACCUUCACUAUAUCACAUGGGACAACACCCCAAAGCAGCACACUCGCAAGCUUUCUGCUAAUGAUGGCUCAAAAAAGAUCACUGCCAAUGUAUCAUUUGCCCGCAAGUUUAAAUAUGAUGAUGCCUUGCUCGACGGGAUUGAUGCCGAGCUACUACAAUGGAGUAAUGAGGACUUUGUUCCUGGAGGAUGGUGCUCUGCAAGCCCACCAUCCUCUGAGGUUGUGGAUUCUUCAUUGCUUAAACCCGGGCAGGGGGCAGAGAGGCUGGGGAAGCUCAUGGACAAGAUGGUUCAUUUUGAAGUGUUCACAAAGCAUCAUUGUAAAUUGGACUUUAUUAAUCAUAUAAUAGACCUGACAGCAUAUUUACUUAAAUGAAUAAAUUGAAAAAAAGCUCCUUGUGAUCACAAAGGCAUGUUUCUUCUGGAAUUUAUGCAUGAUUUAGAUAGUGAAAUAAGCAUAGUUAUUCUAGUCAUGCACCAAGACCAAUUGGAUCUCAUAUAGCAUGCUUUCUUACGAUAAUCUUCUUCUUUUAUUUAUUUAUUUUAACUGCAAUAGCCCAUUAAUAUGAAAGCUAAAGAAUUAAGACAAAAGAUAAAUAUAGCGAAGCAAACUAAAAUCAAUAAAAAUAGCACAACCAAAAAUA